AUGUCUCCGCUGCAGCUCUCUGUCUACUGGCGUCUGUCGCUCAUCUUCCUCUUCUCCUCCUUCCUCUUCUUCCUUGACAUUUUCGCGGCCGCCGUAGCGGCGGAGGCCUGUCGCCACGGUAACGGCACCGGCACCGGAACCGGCCCGGACGCGUCCCGGCGUGGAGCGCGGACGUGGGACGAGGAGAACAACCAAUCAGGAGCCGUGAACGUCUCGGAGGGCGACGGCGAUUGGAGGAAUGAGAACUGGAACCGAGACUCAGUGUGUGAUUGGACAGAAUGGUUGUCCUACGGUCAGACGGUCUUCAUGGUCGGCCUGCUGCUGGGCUCUCUGAUUGGAGGAGAAAUAUCUGACCGGUACGGGAAGCGCCCGGUGCUGCUGGUGUGUGUGUGUGUUCAGUCUCUGUGUGGACUGGUGCCCGCCCUCCUUCCUCAGCCGCUCCUCUUCCUCGCCGUGCGCUGCCUCACCGGCGUCUGCUGCUGCUGCAUCAACGUUUGCUCCUUCAGCCUGGCCGUGGAGUGGACACCGCCCGCCGCCCGCCUCUGGCCGCCGGCCUUCCUGCCCUUCUGCUUCAGCGUGGGCACGAUGGUGGGGGCUCCUCUGGCCUGGCUCAGCCCCACCUGGACACACCUGCACCUUUCGCUGGCUCUGCCGCAGAUCGUCUGUCUGCCGCUCUACCUUUCCAUCCCAGAGUCUCCUCAGUGGUUGUUGUUGAAGAGGAAGACGGACGUGUUGGACCGUUACCGUGGCAACAGCCCUGCAGACAAACAGUGUUUGGACCUGCUGUUGGACUCGUCCCGCUCUGACCUGCAGAAAUCCACCGAGGCUCAGAAGGAGGAGCCCCCCGGAGGCCCCGCCCCCAGUGACAUCAUCCACCUCCGACACCCCACCGUGCUGCGGCGACUGUUCAUCAUGAGCUACCUGAGUUCAGCUUCAGCGCUGACGUACUUCGGCAUCUGUAUGAACAUCGGCUCCUUUGGCAUCGGCGUCUACUCCGCCCAGUUCUUCUCCGGCCUAUCAGAAGCCCCCUGCCUGCUCGUCCCGUUGGUUCGCCUGGGGCGUCGGCCAAUCAGCAUGGUGGCUCUUUUCCUGAGCAGUGCCGCCUGUUUCCUGUCCUUACUCCUGUCCAGAUACGACGUUGAGCCGGUGCUGGUGAUGAGUCUGGCUCUGCUCGGGAAACUCUGCAUCCUGGCGGCCAUCUUCAUCUCCACGCUGUACAGCAUCGAGCUGUUUCCCACCGUGGUCAGGCAGCGGUGUGUGUCCCUGGUCAACCUGUGUUUCCGCCUCGGCUGUCUGGUCAACACCCUCGUUCCCCCCAACCCCAACGGAGCCAUCUCAUUGGCCGCCAUGGUCGUGUACAGCAGCGGACCAAUCGUAGGCUGUGGCCUGUGCAUGCUGCUGCCGGAGACCAGCGGCGUGCCGCUUCCUGAUUCGGUGGAGGACUGUUACCUGCAGCCGCGGGCCUGUGCGCCCCCUGGAGGACACAACGGGAAACAGACAUAUGAUAUGACUUUAUUGAGCUGAACCCUGAUUCUGAUGUCUCCAGGUUUUGAAUGAUAUUUCAUCAUUUGUUUGCAGACAUUUACUUUGAAAAGCUUCUUCAUACUUUCUGUGUUUUUUCCCUUUGACUUUUAAUUUUUUAAAAUCCACAUUAAUAUUCAAACAGAGGGGCUGGAGGUUUUCUCUGAUUCUGCAAAACACCCACAGGAAUUUUGUUUCUCAGGAUUUUUUCUGCAACGUCGGUUUGUUCAAAGAACCAAGUUUCCGAGUUCUGAACCCAUGAAUCUAGUUCUCCGUCCUGAGACAUUUCACCGUUUCUUCUUCUCUUCAAACUUUAACAUCAAAAGUACAUAUCUCAGAACUUUUCAUUCAAAAGAUUUACAGGCGUCGGCACAAGAACAAAACCACUUUACAUGUAAAUUCACUCCUCUAUUUUUUCUGCUGUAUUUGUGUUGAUGAGAAGGAAAACAAUAUCUUUUCCUCACCUUUUGGGGUUUUCACUAUUCUGAGUGUGAUCGUUUAAAAUUCACUAGCACUAUUCACUCAGUUCACUGCUGUGACCACUGGAGGGAGCUGCAGCAUCGAACACUGAACUCAUCUGUCAUCUGUCAGAGGCAGGAAGGAAAGGACGAAGGUGACAAGGAAAGGAGAUGUAAAGAAGAAAGGGAACAGACGUGAGAUGGGGAAUGAGGGAGGCUGAAGAGGAAACGAGUGAAGGAGAGGAGACAAGGAAGGAAAGAAAGAAAGGGGAGAAGGACGUCGUCGACGAGGAAAGGAGGUUGAGUAAGAUGGGUGGAAUAGGAGAUAAGGAGGGAUAGUGAAGGAAAGGAAAAGUAACAAUGGAAAAGAGGAAGUGUAGUAAGAAGAAGGAGGCAAAGGAAGGACACAAGUAGAUACAAAAGAAUGAAGAAGGAGCAGGUGAAGGAGACUAGUGAUGAAGAUGAAGGAGAAGCGUCACUCACCCGAGGUUUCAGACUUAUAGACGGAGACGCUUGGAUAGAGGGCGUUUUUACUUCCUGCUCCUGGUCGAGCACCUGAACACAUCACACACACACUGAUGUCAUCAGGCUGACACACACACACACGUAGAGAUAAUCACGUAGACACUGAGCUCAUUGGGUGUUUUUAUUCCGAGUGUGAUCGUUUAAAAUUCACUAAUCAAACAAAACAUCACUUUUCACGUUUGACUUCGGCAUCACGACACUACGUUUUCCUGCCGUGACGAGAACUUUGAGGCGAAACGCUCCGUGUUUCUUGAUGUCUUUCCAGACGCCUAACGUUGAAAAGUCUAUUAUGAAUCGUGACGGAGCUGCUCCGUCACGAUUCAUAAUAGACUUUUCAACACUUUGAAAGCAGGUCACUCCUUCAGAAAGUAUCUGAGGAGCGACUGUGUGAGAGUCCCUGACAUCAAACACUUUAACAUCUUCAACGUGAAGCGUUAAGUCGAUUUUUGUUUCGUGUGAACAACGGAGAUUUUGUUUAUUUUGUUUUAGUUGGAAAUAAAGACCAAAAAAAAAAGCA